AUGCAUAGGCUUUUCCUGCUGCUGCCACAGCUGCUGCACCUAAGACUCACUGCUGGGCAGCUCGUCUACCAUGUAAGGGAAGAACUAUUGCGAGGCGCUCUGGAAGGCAAGGUAGGAGAAUAUUUGGCCCUGGAGCCUCGACGUCUGGUGUCAAGAGGAGCCCGGUUGACUUCGGGAAGUGGGAAGCAGUACUUAUCUCUGGAUCCUGGCUGCGGACUCCUGGUGGUGAAGGAACGAAUCGACCGGGAAGUCAGCACUUCCUGCUUCCUUAGCUUGGAGUUAGUGGUCAAGCAGCCUGUACAUGUUCACGAUGUAGAAGUGGAGUUACUGGACAUCAGAGACACCAACCCCAGAUUCCCCCGGCAGGAGUACAGCUUGGAGAUCAGUGAAUCUGCUAUGCCGGGGUCUCGCUUUCCUAUGGAGAGCCUGCAAGAUCCCGAUGUGGGUUCCAGCUCGGUCCAAAAUUACCAGCUCACUUCCAGUGAGCACUUCAGGCUGGAUCUGCAGAACUUGAAGCCUGGCAGCAAACUCUUGGAACUGGUACUGCUCCAACCCUUGGACCGAGAACAGAGCGCUCACCAGAAGUUGAUGCUGGUUGCCUUGGAUGGAGGCAAUCCUGAUAAAUCUGCCACUGCUCAAAUCUCUGUGGGGGUCUUAGAUAUCAAUGACAACAGCCCAGAAUUUGAUCUUAGCAUUUACAUGGUGACCCUAUUAGAAAACAUAGAGCCAGGCAUGCUAGUUGUAAAACUGAAGGCCUUGGAUCCAGACGAGGGGUCCAAUGGUGACUUGCUGUAUUCUUUCAGCAGCUACACUCCACAGAAAGUGUGUCAACUGUUCACUGUGCAUCCAGUAUCAGGAGAGAUGAGGGUCAAUGGAUCUUUGGACUACGAGGAAGACAUCUCCUAUGAAAUCUAUGUGCAAGCCACGGAUAAGGGCUCUGUUCCUAUGAUUGGUCACUGCAAGGUGCUCAUUAACAUUGUGGAUGCCAAUGAUAAUGCCCCUGAAGUGGUGCUGUCUUCCUUGUACAGCCCUGUUUCUGAGGAUGCUCCGGUUGGAACUAUAGUAGCUGUGCUGAAUGUUAUUGACUUGGAUUCUGGCCUGAACAGGCAAGUCAGUAUAAAUAUUCCUGCCAACCUUCCUUUUAAACUUAAUUCUUUCAAAAAUUCUUAUACUCUUGUCACGAGGACUUCUAGUUACAACAUUACAAUCACUGCCACAGAUGCUGGAACACCUCCACUCUCUUCCCAUAAAAUAAUUAAAACAGAUGUUUUUGAUAUCAAUGACAACUCACCACAGUUUGAAGAACUCUCUUACUCUAUUUAUAUACCUGAGAACAAUGUUCCUGGAUCUACUCUAUGCACAACAAAGGCCAUUGAUUGUGAUGCUAAUGCAAAUGCCUGCAUUUCCUACUCUUUGAUAAUGGAAGAAAUCCAAGGGCUACCUACGUCCUUCUAUGUCUCUAUUCAAUCUGAAAGCAGCAACAUUUAUGCUGUCAGAUCCUUUGACUAUGAAACACUGAGGAAAUUCCAGAUUGUUGGGCAGGCUAAAGACUCAGGGAUGCCAUCUCUCAGCAGCACAGCCACUGUACACAUCUAUGUGCUGGAUCAAAAUGAUCAUGUGCCACAAAUUUUGUACCCCAUCUCUAUGAAUAAUUUAACAGCCAUAGAGAUGAUUCCUGACUCAGCCAGUUCUGGAUACUUAAUCACUAAAGUGAUAGCCAUUGAUGGAGACUCAGGACAAAAUGCAUGGCUUCUACUGCUAUUGCUAUUGUUUUUUCAUCUAGCCCAAACAUCUGUUCCAGACAUCUUUAGAGUAGAGGUUCACAGUGGGGAAAUUUGGACUACUGAAAAACUGAGGGAGGCAACAGAGGCUACAUUCAAUCUUACCAUCAUAGUGAGGGACAAUGCAGAGCCACCCUUAUCUUCCUCUGUGCCAGUCAUCGUUGUGGUGAACAGGGCUUCCCAAAUCAUUCCUGACUUUGGAAGACACGUUACAGGUUCCAGAAAUUAUUCUGAAAAAACUUUUCUUCUUGUGAUGAAGUGCCACAAGGACAGUCUAUAUAUCGGCCCUUGUUGUACAGGUUUCUGCGGGUCUUCUAAGGAAAGGUGCCCAUUUGAAGCAGACAAACAGACAAACAGCAGUGUUACUACUGGGAUGUCACAAUCUCAUUUGGUUGAAGUGAAAGGCAAUGGCUCUCUCUCCAAGACUUACUGCUAUAAAACCUGUGUGUCAGCUGGCUCAGAAAGUGACACCUUCAUGCUUUAUCAUCCAGGGGAUGCCACAGGAAUUAACCCUCAUGCUGUGAUGAUAGAGAGACACCUAACUGGAGAAAGUGGACUGAGCUCCCCAAACUUUAUCAUUUUUAAAAGUGAUCUCAUUGCUCCAAAUGAGCCAAAACCACCCAAUCCUGAUUGGCGUUAUUCUGCAUCUUUACGAGCUGGAAUACAAGGUGCUGUACAUAUGGAAGAGGCAGGAGGCCUGCGUGUUGGAUCAGGAGCACCUGAGCAACAGUGGCCAACAGUAUCCAGUGCAACAACUGAACCUGAAGCUGGUGAAGUGUCCCCUCCAGUGGGAGCUGGCGUGAACAGCAACAGCUGGACUUAAUAUGGGCCUGGCAAUUCCAAGCAGCCAGGCCCAAGUGAGUUGCCAGACAAGUUCAUUAUCCCAGGAUCCCCUGCCAUCAUCUCCAUUCGUCAAGAUCCACCAAAUAGCCAAACUGAUAAAAGUGACUUCAUAACCUUUGGCAAGAAGGAAGAGACCAAGAAAAAAAAGAAAAAAAAGAAGGGAAACAAGGCUCAGGAUAAAAAAGAAAAGACCAACAACACCACUGACAACAGUGAUCAGUGAGGGGUUUAUACUGAACAAUCGAUUAGCCAAUUUUUGCAAUUUGGAAGAGCUCUCCCAUGUAGCAACUCCCAACUUCUUCCUACUGUUAACUAAUUUUCUGUAUGUGCAAG